CUAAUAAUAAAAAGUGAAUAUGCGCUGUUUGUUAAUACUUCUCAUCAGUACAAACAAAUGUUUCCAAGUUCCAAGACGAAUUACGAGUUUGUCAAAACUCAUUCGUUCUUUAGCAACGCCCGCUGCAGCGGUGUCAACGUCAGGACCCAUCAUGACCAAUCCGGAUAAUUACAAAGAGGCGAAAUCGAUUUACGAUUUUUCAGCGAAAGAUAUAAAAGGUAACGGAGUGUCUUUGGAAAAAUACAAAGGCCACGUUUGCAUUAUCGUUAACGUGGCCUCACAGUGCGGCUAUACAAAAACCAACUAUGAAGAACUGGUGGAGUUAUUUAACAUGUAUGGCGAAUCAAAAGGUUUGAGGAUAUUAGCAUUUCCUUGCAAUCAGUUUGGCGGUCAGGAGCCAGGCAGCAACGAGGAAAUAUGCGAGUUUGUUUCCAAAAGAAAUGUGAAUUUUGACAUGUUUGAUAAAGUCAAUGUAAAUGGAAGUGACGCUCAUCCAUUGUUCAAAUAUUUGAAAUAUAAGCAGGGCGGCACCCUUGGAGACUUUAUUAAAUGGAACUUUACCAAAUUUAUUGUGGAUAAGAAUGGGCAACCCGCAGAAAGGCAUGGCCCAAACACCAAUCCAAAAGAUCUUGUCACUUCUUUAGAAAAGUACUGGUAAUAAACUUUGGCACAUGCUUUAGUACAACAUUAUGUACUUUCCUUUGUGUUAGGUGAUAUGUAUGUUAAAGUGAUGUUUUAUGCAGCAAUCACACAUUAUUAUAGUUGCAUAGUUUAUUUGAGAAUGGAGACCUUACAAUAAAUUUUGCUCAAAUUAA